UACUCAACAAUGCACCAGCAACAAAGUUCAUGCCUUUUCAAAGUUCAUAAUGUAGGAGCUUGUUGAAUGACCCCCCCCCCCCUUCCCGGUUCAUGCCUUUUGGUUUAUUCUCUCUCUGGUCGUCUAUUGCUGCAAACUGCAACCAACCACCGAUUGUUUGUUCAUGCUGUUGCAGUUUUCAGUCAACAAGGACGCACACAAGAGCCGAUCGCCGUAGACGACGAUGCAGCACGGCGAGCAGAGCGGCGCCAAGAAGGCGGCGGCGUGGGUGGUGUCGCCCAACGGCCAAGUCAAGCGAGAAAUGGCGGUGGAAGCGGCGCGCGGCGAGGGAGCUGCUGCAGCCGCCGGAGCCGGAGAAGAAGAAGAAGAAGUCCAAGCCGGCGGGAUGAUCGCCGCGGCGGUGGGCGACGGCUUCGAGGGUGUGGAGAUCAGCGUGCGGAUCGACUUGGCCGUGCUCCACUGCCCCCUCUGCCUCCUCCCCCUCAAGCCCCCGACCUACCAGUGCGCGGCGGGGCACUUGGCGUGCAGCAGCUGCCAUGGCGACGUCCCGGGCAAGAAGUGCCACACGUGCGGCGGCGGCGGCGGCGGCGGCGUCUACGCGCGAUGCCCCGGGCUGGACACGUUCCUCCGCGCCGCCAAGAUCCUGUGCCCCAACGACCUGUUCGGCUGCCGGAGCUAUGUCGCCUACCACGACGUCGCCGCCCACCAGCGCGCGUGCCCGCACGCGCCCUGCUCCUGCUCGGAGCCGCGCUGCGACUUCCUCGGCUCGCCGCCGAUGCUCCUCGCCCACCUCGUCGCCGACCACUCGUGGCCCGUCAGCAAGGUCCCCUACGGCGAGGUCCUCACCAUCCACGUGCCGGAGUCGGAGCGGCGCCACCUGGUCGUCGCGGGGGCCGCCGGGGGGGACGACGAGCGCGUGUUCGUCCUGUCCGUGGGCGCGCUCGGCGUGGCGAGGGCCGUCUCGGUGGCGUGCGUCAGGGCGAACGCCGCGGCGGGGCCGCGCUACCGCUGCAAGCUCUGGGCGCACGCCCCGGGCGGCGGCGCCGCGGACUUCGUCCACAUGGACUCGGCGGUGGCGAGCAGCGCCGCCGCGCCCGGUGGCGAGGUCGCCGUCGACGAGGAGGCCAGGUUCCUGACGGUGCCGCCGUGCUUCCUCCACCUGCUCGACGCCGGAACGUCCAAGGAGAUGCUCAUCAGGCUCAGCAUCAGCAUUGACAUUGACAUUGACAUGUCCUGAUCGAUCGACAUGAAACAUGAUGGUCUACUAGUAAUGUCCUAAAUUCGUGAUUAGUGCUCUGAUGCCGUUCAAGUUUAGGUGCUAGUUUCAAGUUCUAACCAGCCAUAAGCUUUGCUAUUUGGAAGUUUGAACUCUGAUGUUCUAAAUUAUAAUUUUCGUAAGGAAAACUCGAGUUAAAAAUUCGAACUUGUACUUUCCUUCAACCUCGUUUUUAAUCUUCAAUGGAUAGAAGUAGAUGCCAAAAAGAUCCUAAUUGAAGCAAACUAUCUUUACCCCAAACCAAAACCAAACACUGCCGGCCUCCGUCCCAAGAAAAACCCAACCUUUACUAGGAUGGAACUAGGGGUGAAAACGGUACGGAAAUUUCCGAGAAUUCCGGCUACCGUUUCCGGUUUGCACCGACCGUUUCAAUCGGUAUCGGUAAUUGUCGGUAUCGGAAAUGGAAACGGUAAUCUCUUUCGGAAAUGGUAGCGGAAAUGAUAUGGGGUUUUUUCCGACCGUUUUGUCGGUAACCGUUUUUUAUCGGUAAUUUCCGUCAAAUUUCCGA